CAAAUCAGCACAUUCCUACACGCGCUAUCCGUCGCCGGAUUGGUGGAGCGUCAGAAGCCAGAAGGGGGGAAAUCGCGGACACUCGAGUGUUCCCCACCAAGCACAAAGGAGAUAUUUGACCGAUCAUGGACUCGCGCGGGGAGAUGAAGGCACUGGAUGCGCAGAUCGAGCGCCUGCGCCGCGCCGAGAACCUGACGGAGACGGAAAUUUACGAGCUGUGCCAGAAGGCCAAGGAGAUCCUGGCCGGUGAAUCCAACGUGCAGCCGGUCAAGUGUCCCGUGACGGUCUGUGGCGAUAUCCACGGCCAGUUUUACGACCUGCUGGAGCUCUUCCGGAUAGGGGGCGCCUGCCCAGACACCAACUACCUCUUCAUGGGAGACUACGUGGACCGCGGCUACUACUCGCUCGAGAGUGUUGCCCUUUUGGUGGCGCUAAAAGUGCGUCACCGCGAACGUAUCACGAUCCUUCGCGGCAACCACGAAAGUCGCCAGAUCACGCAGGUGUACGGCUUCUACGACGAAUGCCUACGUAAAUACGGCAACGCCAACGUGUGGAAGUACUUCACCGACCUAUUCGACCACUUGCCAAUGACUGCGCUCAUCGAGAACCGCGUUUUUUGCAUGCACGGCGGCCUGUCGCCCUCUAUCGACACGCUGGACCAUGCACGUGCACUGGACCGCGUGCAAGAGGUGCCUCACGAAGGCCCCAUGUGCGACCUGGUGUGGUCCGACCCGGACGACCGCUGUGGAUGGGGAAUCUCCCCCCGUGGCGCCGGCUACACGUUCGGUCAGGACAUCACGGAGCAGUUCAAGCGCAGCAACGGCCUCACAUUCAUCGCGCGCGCCCACCAGCUUGUCAUGGAAGGAUACCAGUGGACUCACAACCGCGGCGUUGUGACCAUCUUCAGUGCCCCCAACUACUGCUACCGCUGCGGCAACCAGGCCGCGCUUAUGGAGAUCGACGAGGUCAUGGCUGACCGUAACGGAGACAAGGUAUACGAGACGUGCAAGUUCAUCCAGUUCGACCCUGCCCCGCGUGACAGCAACUUCAACGAGAAGAAGCGUACGCCCGACUACUUCCUGUAGACUGAGGACGGAGACGACAACGUAGCGCAGGCUGGACAGGUGUGAAUGAUACGUAGCGACACGACGAGCGACCAGAAGGACAGGGAGGUGUACACGGCGUAAAGGAUGCUCACUGAUAACACGACCGAGACGCUAUCAAGAAAGACAUCAGAGCUGGAAAGGCAAAAUAAGCAGGUAGGUCCAACCGGAGAGCAAGAAGGUGUGAGGUGCAGAUUGCUGGGGCUCUGGCCGGUUCGCUUGGCGUGGAACGUUCCGGCUUCUCACUCAGGCCUUUUCUGCUGACGAGGUGGGCACAGUAUUCUUCAUAUAUGCACGAUUUAGUUGGUUAUUGCC